UCUUCUUUCCCCAAGUCAAUUCUCUCACUCUAGCAAAACGAAUCCCGACGACCACCUCACUACCACAACGGGCAUAAAUAGGCCUUGACUCGGCCCUAUUCGAUUGCGUGGCUAGGGCUACGGCCGAUUGCUUGGCCGAACUUGAGCGUGAGCAUCAAGAGUCAGAGGAGCACGUCCCUAGGCUAAUCCAACAUAUGAAGCCUGGUAGCAGGAGCAGAGGGGCUACGAGAAAAGAAACUAAAGAUGCAUUGAAGCCUGUCGAUGAUAGGUUGAUAAUUCCUUCCACCGUGCGCGCUGGGAAGAGGAAAGGUGUCCAAAAGGAAGAUACACGGAAGAGUAAGAAGGAAAAGACGGCUAUUAAAGACCCAAACAAGCCCAAAAGGCCCCCAAGCGCCUUCUUUGUAUUCCUUGAGGAUUUCCGGAAGACCUUCAAAAAGGAAAAUCCAAAUGUGAAGGCCGUCUCAGCAGUUGGAAAAGCUGGUGGAGAGAGGUGGAAAUCCUUGUCCGAAGCUGAAAAAGCUCCGUAUGAAGCUAAAGCUGCGAAGAGGAAGGCUGAAUACGAAAAACUUAUGACUGCUUACCUCAAGAAGCAGGAGAGUUCUUCUGACGAGGAUGAUGAAGGUUCCGAGAAGUCGGCAUCUGAAGUUCAUGACGAUGAGCAGGAGGAAGAUGAGGAGGAAGAGGACGAAGGUGACAACGACGAUAAUGACGAGGAGUGAAGUUAAGAAUAACUCGUUGAAUGCGUGCUAUGAGUGGACGGUGGCCUUUGUAUGCUUAAGAAAUGGCCGUGCCCUACAUUUUGCUAUGUAAAAUCGGACAAGCAUGAUGUGCACGUAAUCUAUGUAUCGUAUAUAGCUCCUUAUACGUGUGAGCGCUUUAGCAUUGUUAAUGUCAAUGCUCUAUGCUCUCUUGUUCA